AUCGCGCACCACGCACACACUUGUCGAGUAUCAUUUUGUCAUUGAACUCAAGAGAGGAAAGACCUAUGAUCAUUCGCUUCUUUCCUCAGCUGGAGCUUGAAUUAACACGAAACUCGUCAAAAAGUUGGAAUACUCCUUGGAAAUCCCAGGUGUAUGUGGUUACAGCAGUAGUUCAUGUCUUCUACUGCUGCGCAAAGAUUUUGAAUAUUUCUCGGAUUGCUAGAAAAUAGAAAUUUUGACGGUACUUUAGCGGAGAGAAGUUGGGAGUAUCAUCAGCCGACGUUCCAGUCAUCGUCAUCGCGCACCCAGCAGGAAUAUCGUUCUUAUAUAUCAGUACAAAUAUCUUAAUCCUCUUUUGAGCUUUCGUACAAGAUUUAACCACUUUGUGGAAUCAACCAAUUUAGCCAGCAGUCGUUCGUGAAUACUAAACAGGUUCGUGACAAGACAGCAAAGUUUGACCAUCAUCUGACUUGUUCGAAUUGGGUCGUUGGCAAACCGGUGAAAAGGUAACUGGAUUGCUCUUGAGCCAUGGCGAGGAGUUCCGUCUUCUACCUGUACCUCGCCGUAGCGGUGGUGGGAUUUCUAGGGGAACUAAAGCUCGUGGGGACCCAGUACAUACAACCACAGGGUGGAAUGAAUUAUAUGGACCAGCAAGGUUACCAACAACAGGGCUAUCAGCAGCAGCAGUCCCCAGGUAGACCCUCAACAGGAGCCUUGGAAUCUAUCCCAGUAAGGACAUCGGGGAUUCCGAUGGCGUCGUCGGGCAAUGAACUGGGAGCUGGAAUGCCACACGUUUGUCCUUACCAGGAGCCAUCCAUGAUUGGCCACCGAAGGCCGUGCGUGAAAGCCUACACAAGAAUGGUCAAAGUAUGGAGGCCUAACUGUGGCUAUUCAGGGCAGUGGUGCGUUGGCUACGAGCGCAGGACUGCAUAUUACACGUCAUACCGGAUCGUCUACGAAAAUUCAUACGUCACCCGCUACAAGUGCUGUCACGGUUGGUCACGAUUCAACGGUGAAGCCGGCUGCAUGUAUCCUUCCUGUAGCAUGGGGGUGUGCUUCAAUGGUGGAACCUGCCAAGGUGGCUAUUCCCAGAUGUGUCUCUGCCCCCCUGGAUUUGACGGACCAAGAUGCCAGUAUGAUGUGAAUGAGUGUUUGUACAACAACGGAGGGUGCCAGGGCGAAUGCUGUAACAGCAUUGGCAGCUACUAUUGCAAGUGUGAGGCUGGCUAUGAGCUGUCACCCGAUGGCAUGACAUGCAGAGAUAUUGAUGAGUGUCGUAUCCAGAACGGAGGCUGCGGUGGCACUUGUCGUAACAACCAGGGAAGCUUUGUGUGCGAGUGCCCCGUGGGCAAGCGACUACACUCAGAUGGACGGACCUGUGUUGUGGAAGAUCCUUGCUUGGUCAGAAGGGGAGGCUGUGAGCAUGAGUGCAUAUCCCAACCCAACGGCCACUACACCUGCCAGUGUUACGCUGGCUUCAGAUUGGCACCCAAUGGAAUGUCGUGUGAACGUGCAUACUCCUGCAGAAUCAACAAUGGCGGAUGCCAGCACAAGUGCAUGACCUACGAAGACAAUGUGCGUUGCAGCUGUGACACGGGAUACGCCCUCAUGCCGGACAUGAAGAGAUGUGCCGAUAAGAAUGAAUGCCAGCUGGGAUACCAUUCAUGUUCUCAAUUAUGUGUGAACACCGAAGGCUCAUUUCACUGUGAAUGCCGUAAUGGCUAUGAACUUCAGACAGAUAGUAUAACAUGCACAGAGAAAGGCAGAGUGGAGCUACAGCCUGUGAAUCCUUGCGAAAAUAUUGGAUGUCAGCAUAACUGCACCGUGACUCACAGUAACAAUGCUCGGUGCACCUGCCCAAUAGGCUUUCAGCUAAAUCCGGACCGCUUGACAUGCUCAGACGAGAACGAAUGCAGUAAUGGCCAAUCCUGUUGCAGUCAGCUCUGCUACAACAACGAAGGAGGCUAUUCCUGCGGUUGUUCUGCCGGGUACCAGCUGAACCAAGAUGGCUGCAACUGUGAUGAUAUAGAUGAAUGCGUCAACAACAGAGGUGGCUGUGAUCAACUUUGCCAAAACAUUGACGGCUCCUAUAAUUGUUUCUGUAGCGAGGGUUUCCAGCUGGAAAUUGAUGGCCGAAGUUGCAUCCGGGUCUUGCCACCCUCUGGAUCAGUAUUUCCACCUGUCAAUCCAACGCGACAACAGUUCUUGAAGCCUACAGUCACAUCAAGGUGUGAUGUAGGGGCAUUCGGUCCGGGCUGCACGCUUGUCUGCUCUGAUUGUCAGAACGGUGCCCUCUGUAACAUCAAGCAAGAUGGUUGCGAUUGCCCACCAGGAUGGACGGGCAUCAUCUGUAAUGAGACUUGCCCUGCGGAUACCUUUGGUCAGGGUUGUAACGAAGUGUGUCCUUGCAUCAACGGCGGUACUUGUGACCCCGUCAAUGGUGCCUGUACCUGCCCAGCCGGUGUCUACGGAGAAUACUGCAGUGACGGUUGCCCGGUUGGAAUGUUUGGUGACAACUGUGAUCGUCACUGUAACUGCCCCAGCGGUGUACCCUGUGACCGGCGCUACGGAUCCUGUUUGUGCCCAGGUUCAUUUGGACCCAAUUGUAACCAAAAAUGUCCCGAUUUCUUUUACGGAACCGGCUGCACAGAGCUCUGCGAUUGCAAUAUUCACUUCUCCACGGGCUGUGAUCCUCUGAAGGGGACAUGCAUCUGCAAACCAGGCUACGAGGGCGCUAGAUGCGAGAAAGAAUGCCCUGCAGGUUUGUGGGGUGAACAGUGCCGCCAUGUCUGCCAGUGUCGCGAUGUCUCGUCUUGCAGCAAGAUCACCGGUGACUGUUUUAAGGAGUGUCCAGCAGGUUACUAUGGAGAGGCGUGUGAGCAUCUGUGCGAAUACGGGCAAUACGGCGUGAACUGCAAAUUUGACUGCCGUUGCGGCGGCAACGACUGCAAUAAGAUCACGGGUGCAUGUUUCUGUUCAGCUGGCUGGAGGGGUGUUGAUUGCGCCGAGGAAUGCCAAGAUGGGACGUGGGGCGUGGAUUGCCGAGAAAACUGUAGCUGUCCACUGAUCAGCCAGCUCUGCGACAAGACCAACGGGGAGUGUCUGUGUCCACUGGGUUUCUUCGGUGCCAACUGCACCACCAGGUGUCCCAGGGGUCACCACGGCCUGAUGUGUCGCCACCAGUGUCGGUGCCGGAACGGAGGGGCAUGCAACGCUGAGACAGGCAUGUGCACCUGCGCGCCGGGAUGGAGGGGUCCAACUUGCAGUGAAGAGUGUGGUGCCGGAUAUUUCGGCAAGGGAUGCGAAGAACGAUGCGAGUGUGAAAACAACGCCGGCUGUGACCCCGUUACUGGAGACUGUAUCUGUACGCCAGGUUGGGCUGGAAGGCUUUGCAACGAAGAAUGUCCGCAUGGUGUAUAUGGCGAGAACUGCGAGAAUGCCUGCGUCUGCAUGCACAAUGCCACUUGCGAUCACAUCAGUGGAGCCUGCGAGUGUGCACCAGGAUGGCGGGGAGCCAUCUGUGACAAAGCUUGUCCGGAUGGUUUCUAUGGUUACGACUGUCAGAGAAUCUGUUCUUGCAGCAACGGAGCUCGCUGUGACCCUGCCACUGGUCGAUGUAACUGCAGACCAGGCUACACGGGUGACUACUGCGACGAAGAGUGUUCUCAUGGUGAGUGGGGCAUGGACUGUAUCUACACAUGCGACUGCGAGAAUAACGCCAUCUGUGAUCAUGUGACCGGUCGCUGUAUCUGUGCCAACGGCUGGAGAGGAAUUCGCUGUGACAAACCUUGUUCGCUUGAUUUUUACGGCGUGAAUUGUGCCCAGCAUUGCGUAUGUCGCAACGGAGCCACGUGUCACUCUGUCACUGGUGAAUGCAUCUGCCCAUCUGGGUUCAUUGGUCGUGCUUGUGAAUUUGAGUGUGCCCCUGGUUUCUAUGGACCAGGCUGUGAUCAGGUCUGUGAAUGCCUCAACGGGGGUUUUUGCGACCCUAUGGAUGGGUCAUGUGACUGCCCGUCUGGUUGGUAUGGCGACCAUUGCGAGGAGGGAUGUAUGGAUGGCUACUGGGGCAAGAGCUGCAUGCAGCGCUGCCUGUGCGUCAACGGAAAUUGCGACAGUAAAACCGGGGUGUGUGCUUGUAUGCCAGGAUGGCGAGGGACUUAUUGCUCAGGACCUUGCUCAGAAAACUUUUACGGCACAAACUGUUCGCUUCCAUGUACCUGCGGCGAGGGUAACCCAUGUAAUCACAUCACUGGGGAAUGCACCUGUCCAGUUGGCUUCAGUGGCCAUGAAUGCAGUAUGCCUUGCCCACAAGGCACCUGGGGUGGAGGUUGUGCUGAAGUCUGUGACUGCGCUGAGAACGCUCUGUGUGAUUCUGUGACUGGGGAAUGUCAGUGUAAACCAGGUUACCAUGGCAAAGACUGCACCAAAGACUGUCACCAUGGUCGCUACGGACCCAAUUGUCUCCAGUUUUGCGUCUGUGGCAAUGGCGCUACUUGCGACAUGACAGAUGGCACCUGUCACUGCCAGCCCGGCUGGAUCGGACCAACCUGUGACCAGGCUUGUCCUCAGGGUUACUACGGCAUGUUCUGCUCAGAAAGUUGCGACUGUGACAAUGGUGCCUCCUGUGAUCAUGUGACCGGCGCGUGCAACUGUUUGCCAGGGUUUGCCGGAGAACGCUGUGAAAGGAUUUGUCAGAUUGGCCAUUACGGUCCCAACUGUGAACUCAUCAAGGAUUGUCACAAUGGAGGUGUGCUGAAUUCAACGACGGGACUGUGUUCUUGCAGUCUGGGUUGGACCGGUGAAACCUGCCAAGAAGCAUGUCUGGGUGGCCGGUAUGGCCCCAACUGCGAGCUGGAAUGUGCAUGCGAGAAUGACGGCCGCUGUGACAGGAUGACAGGCUGCUGUGAGUGCAAGGACGGCCUCUAUGGUCAGCGCUGCGAAUACAUUUGUGAGCCAGGAUUCUACGGGUCAUACUGCAGCCGACAGUGUGAGUGUCAUCCGGCCGCCGAGUGUGAUCCAGUCAGCGGUCAGUGUCGCUGUCCGCCGGGCCGGACGGGUCCUGAGUGCAAACAGUCGUGCCCGCUGGGCUUCUACGGCCCCAACUGCUUGGACACCUGUGACUGCGCCAACCUCACCAUGUGCAAUCCGGUCAGCGGGAGGUGUGAAUGCCCACCGGGCUUCACUGGGCCACGCUGUGAGCAAGGAUGCCAGGAGGGCCAUUAUGGUCCCAAUUGCCGGUUUAUCUGCGCCUGUGCCAAUGGCGCUGCCUGUGAUCCGACGACAGGAAGCUGUAACUGUAUAGACCAGUGGAUGGGGCCGACCUGUGAACAAGGUGGACCUCUGCAUUUUUCAGUGGUCAGGCGAGGGGACAUUGGUCCAGAGUUAUAAGUCAACAAACACAGGGCAUGCUGCAAGCUAGGCUACUCAUACACAGAAUUCUAAGCCGUUACUUCAUUAAGACUGUGCACGUUGUGGGCCUGAUUGCAGAGUGAGACAGUGAGAGUGAAUUAAGUAAGUUGUAUGGUGUGCAGUUGUGCCAAUCCAAAACUUGAACUGUCAUUCAACAUCACGCUAAUUGUGACUUGCGAGCUUUUAUUACCAAGCUGGUCUUCAAGCUUUGCAAGUUAGUGUCCUGGUGUAGCUCAGCAGGACUCAUUUUUUCCCCCGGGAUCAUGAAUCUGCCAAGACUCUACUUUUUAGACUUGCAGAUGUUCCCCAGUUUCUUCAUAAAGAAAUAUGUCUCUAUGAUUUAAGAUGGCAGAAAGUUCACUGAGUACAGAGGUUUGCAAAAUCUGAAAUUCAUGGAUGUCAUGCACAAUUUUCUUUUCAAAAACUUCAUUUGAAAUGUGUAUACAAUCUCAAGUCACCAGUAACUUAUCUUCAUUACAAUAAACUGAGCUGGUUCAAAGCUUUCACCAUAGAGGCUGGUACCUUAGAUGUAACAAGUGACUCCUCAGUGAUCAUUGUGUUGGUAGGAUUUCAGGCACAAGACCGAGAUAGCUGCACUGUGAAAAAGAGUUUAAGUUUAAGGGGUGAAUUGCGGCAACAAAUGGAAUGAUUGAGUGUGGGAAAUGUGAGAAAACGUGAGAUGUUUAAUGGCGAAGUGUUUUUCAUUAGUUCAGUUUUCAGUUCUCUGAGAUCUGCCCAUUCAUUGUCUUCUCGUUUUGUAAUCCGCCCAUAGCAGUUUCCUUUCUAUGAAAUAACCAUGACUACAUCAUAAGUAUUUUCAGGAAAACAAAUCGGGCAAAAUUCCAGCAAAGUAGAUAAGUGGACUUGGAUAAACUGUAGAAGAAUCGCCUGAAAAGGAUUAUUAGAGCAUUAUGGGAAUGUUAAUUACUUUUAAAUGGCGAAAAGACGUUUUACAUACUAGUCUAGAUUUGUUUGCUUUAAUAUCUAUUUAUAGCAUCGAUUAAUGUAAAUAGUAAUGAAGCAAGUUGCAGAGAAAAAUCUUAUUGAAUAUCCUAGGAGUAUUUUUUAUGCAAUUGUUCUCUUUUUGGAUGAAUAAUGAAGGUUUUGGUGCUGAAUGAGGGACGAUGCAGCUUCCUAUUGGUUUUAAUUCUCUGCAUACCUGAUUUGUAGUUGACAACAGGCGAGUAGAAUAGGAGGUUAACAUCUGACAACAAUAACAUUUAAUUAAACUUGCCUCUACGCUGUGCAAGCAAACAGCUUGACCCCUACGGAUAAAUCGUGACUUCUACUUGGAAAACUGAAUCGUUCACUCAUCAGUUGCAUCAAAUUACACAUGCAACUUUAGUCAGGCUAGUAGAACAGCCCACACAGUCAUGCUUUCCAGUUGAAAUACAUGUACAUGAACGUGUUUCUUUAUCUUUUUUUUAUCAAAACCGUUACAGUAUUAUUUUGAAAGAGGUUUGAUGAUGAAACCUUGAAGUGUCUGCGUAUUUUACUCUUGGUAUACGCUCAAAACCUAUAUACCGGAGGCCUGACUGGUCAUAUAGUGUCGUAAACCAAGAUAAAAUAAUUUCAAAGUUUAAAUUACCGGAUAGUAAACUAUCUUUCAGUAUGCUGUUCAAUGUCGAGAGAAAGCUCAAACUAUUUUGGCUGAACAAACUGUGUAAAUCUUUCACUUCAGUUUGAGUCGUUUUCUCCUUUGUACAUUUGCAAACUGAAAUCUCAUGAUUCCUGAAAGGCAACCGUUGUUGGAAGUUUUUCAGAGCGUAAUGCCUUUCAACCUUUCUCUGACAAUGCCAGGGUACUUUUUCGAAAUGAAAGCAGAUAUAAAUCUUUUAGGGUAGGUGUUUUUGUGUGUUGUGUGUAAAUUACGCAAUCGUUUAGAUACCAUUUUUUUGCAAGUGAAUUUUUUUCUAAAAUUGCAGUGUAGUUAUUGUAAUGAUGCGAAUUUUAAACUUACCGGCCACGUCUCAGUACCGGCCGGUAGUACAUGUAUUGAUUUUAUUUUAUCGACAUAGAAAAAUGAAAUCCCUAACAUUAAAGUUUCGGAAGCCAUGUAAAGUGAAAAAUUAAACAUGUAAGGAAUUUUGCCGCUGGGAGUAAACAUCAGUUUUGUCUGGGACCCAAUGUUAUGUUUGCUGUUUAUAUGUAAAUUUGUUGUGUUUUGUUUCUCUUGAUAUAUUUAUUUGGUGGUGAAUUCCCCGUUCUUGUUGUAAUUCAGUGGAGCCGUUCACUUUAAAGCAAUAUUUUGGCGUAUGUGACUGAACUCCGUUGGUUUAACGGAGCUCUGCUUUUCCCAAGUGUCGCUUGUUAGAGUUGUAUCGAACUUUGCAACGGAGAUCUACGGUCUGCGCGUUCACUUAUUUGAAUACCAAGUCAUGUGAUUGGAACUUCCCAAUCAUUUUGUAAUCGCCCAAAUACCCCCAAGCUACGCACUGGACACAAUGCAUUGUACAUAAUGACUUCAAAAUCACUUUCAAGAUGUCUGUUUUUAAAGUGCGAAUGCCUUUGGAAAGGAAAAAGUAACGCUUACAGACCUUUAUGUAUGUGGUUGCAAACAAUCAGCCAAUGGCGUGUCCACUUCCGUAAAAGGACAGUUGCACAUACGUCUCUGGCAGGUACUAGGGGCGUGGCUACUCUCCUCCUGAAUACUCUAUUCCCUCCUGAAUAGCUGGUCCAAAGAUGGUGGUUAUGAUUCUGUUGUUAGAAUGUUCGAUAAUUACACACAGGGGGCUUGUCUGACCCUAAACGGGAACUGUCGUAAGAAAUUAGGAGCGCUAACCGCUUCUUUGCCCGGUGAUAAACCUGUACAAUUCUAACCCUUGAAACAGUUAUACAUAAAGGAAUACGACUCAGCUUGCUCGAAUAGCCAUGCUUUUUAAAUAAAAGUUAAGUAGAAAAACAGCUUACCUGUAUAUACAUUUGUUAUCAGUGUUUUUAACGCUGUCUUAUGGGUGCUAACAGUAGUAUUUUUAAUUAGUCAAUAUUUUUGUAGCUUGUAUUUAAAAUAGCAACUGUUUUGUUUAUACGUUAGCGAAUUUUGUAAGUGAACAAGCUAUCAUAACCGCAAAUUUUUAUUUUGUAAAAAAAUUCUUUCCCUCUAUUUAAAUUUUCCAGUGUAACCCCAAAUACCGUUCCGUUAUGAAAUGUAUCAUUUGUAAUCGCUAUGUAAAAAAUGAAUUUAAAUGUUUAUUUUUUAACCCAAAUCAUCACUUAUUGGUGAUUUACGCUAGCAAAUAUUUCUCAAACCCUACUACCAGAAAUUACUAAUUUUGCAGCUUCUCUACUUAAAAUAAUAUUUUUUUCUUAAUUUUUUGAGUUGCUAUUAAAAGAAAGGGCUGACUAGCAAUGCGGAUCGAGUUCAAGCUUAGAUUGCAGGGGUUUUAUUUUUGUAUUCCUUUUAAAGGUUUUUCAGUCAUUUGUUGCUCAAACGACUACAUUAACCUAUCGACUAGCCUGCAACCCUGGUUUUAUUAUUUGUUAUAAUUAAUUAUUCAGUCGGUAUAACACUCACCAGCCCCAUUUUUUCAUUUGUUCCGUUUAUUCAUUUUGUACGCCGAGUUUACAUGAUGGACAUGUAAGUAAAAAUAAGUGGGAAAACAUAA